AUGAAGGCGCUCAGGCACACCUUGCAGAAGCACAGCGUUACUCGGCAGUGGGUUGGCCUAGAUCCAGACUAUGAUGCCCAGCCCUCGGAAGAGAAGGAACUCCUCCAAGAAUUGGAGUGGCAACGGACUCUGACUCAGAACCUGACGUCCUACAGUACGGCCUUGGAGUCAGCGGUUCAGAGCCUCCUCGAAGCCCAACAGAAGUUGUCGGAUGUGGGCCUAGAGCUGCUCUGUCCCGGAACCACCGGCGUCCUCCACACGCUGAGGGCCACUUUAGCUCGGGUGCGUCAGGGCACGGAGGCUGUAAAGAUGCCGCUUUCUGGUCACCUCCAAAGCUUGGAUGCCUGUGCCUCGGAGGUGAAGCACUUGGAGGAGGCAAGGGCCCUCUCGAAGCACUACGAGGAGAAGGUGGAGCAGCUUUCUCGCGAGGUGGAGCGCAACAACAAAGCGGGCAAGCCGGUGAGCUCCACAGAGGCACGGCUGGAGCGCAACCGCGAGAAGCUGCAGCAGGCCGCCGCGCAGGCAGCUGAGGCGUCUCAGGUGGCACAGCGGGCGCUGCGGGCCUGCGGGGACCGAAGACCCCAGCUCGCAGAGCACGCUCGCGCCCUGACGGCCACCAUGUCUAGCACCCUCGCCUCCGCCAACGCCUCCGCCUACUCGGCGCCCGUCGCGACCGUGCUGGCGCUGCCGCGCGGUGCCGGCGCCGGCGCUUCCAUCUCACCAAAUCAGGUGUCUCCGGCCGAGUCCCCCAACCGCUUCAACCCGUUCACUGAAGAGGACGAGGGCCAGGGGCAGGGGGACAACAGCUUGAACCCUUUCGCCGCAGAUAUUCAUGGUGCACGAGCUGCAGACAGCUCAAGUCCCUCCAAGGCUUCGCACCAGUCCGAAGUACAGUCUCACUGGACGACGGUUCCUCCUUCAGAGUCAAGUGAGGAGCCCGGCAACGAUGUGCCGCCUGUAAGCUCCCUCAGCCCCUGGGCUGAAGCCACUGACACAAGCGCAGUGGCUGACACUCCCGGCCAGCUGAACUCCGCUGAUGCCCUCAAAGCUUAA